AAUUAAUGAAUUAAUCUAAUGAUGAGGUGUCUACAAUCAAAUAAUCAUACAUAACAAAAUAACCAUUCUAGAAGACAUGGGUUUUAUGGUUAGCUCUUGCAUUAGCCUGUUUAUUAUUGUUUGGUGAUGCAUAUGCAUUUGACAAUCCUAUGGCAUUGUAAUCUACGAUACAGAGUUAAAUGGGAUUAAAUAAUGUAUAAUUCAACAUGUUAUAUUCAAUAUAUUCUGCACCUAACAUAAUCCUUCCUUUUUUUGGUGGAAUACUAAUAGAUAAGAUUGGAGUGAGAGUCAGUAUAUUUAUAUUUUCUACCAUCCUAAUUUUUGGUUAAGGAAUAGUAGUAAUAGGAGGAUAUACUCUAUCUUAUGGUACACUUUUAGCAGGUAGAUGUAUAUUUGGUAUUGGAUCUGAGAGUCUAAAUGCAGCAUAGGCUGCUAUAAUGUCUAAAUGGUUUGAAGGUGGAAUGGUAAGCUUGGCUUUAGGAUUAUGUUUAUCUAUACCUAAAUUAGGAAGUGCAAUGAAUUCAUUUGUCAGUCCUAUCAUAUAAGCUAAUCAUAAUGAAUUAGGUUUUACAUUUUUAAUUGGAUUAUUUAUUGUUAUUUUUUCUUGGGGAUGUGGUUUACUAUUAAUUUAUUUGGAUAAAAAAAAUGAAAUUCUUAUGGAAGAAUUUAAGAAGAUCAAUCCAUAAUUUUUAACUCCUAUUAAAGAGAAAAGUGAAUCUUCAGAUAAUCUAUCAUAAGAAUUAAGUAUGCAACUUAGAACUAAUAAUAACAAUCAUAUUAAUUCUAUUGAUAGUAGUGAUUAUUCUGAAUCAUUUCUUUAAGAUGAAGAAGAAGAAGAUAAUGAAGAUGAUGAAGAUGAAUAAACACAUAAUGUUCAUGAUGCUAAAGAAGAAAUUAAAUUAUCUGAUUUAAAAAAUUUAGAUGGAUCAUAUUGGAUAUUAUCAAUAAUCAUUAUGUUGAGUGAAGCCUUAUUUGUACCCUUUUUAGAUAAUGGUAACGCAUUUUUUUAAGUCAAAUUUGGUUUUAGCUAAUAAUAAGCAGGAGGAUUAUUAACAAUUCCUUAUGUUUUUGCUGCACUUGUUACACCAAUUAUUGGAAUUUAUUCAGAUAAAAUUAAAUAAAGAUCUUUACUCAUAGUCCUCACAACGGUUAUUUUCAUAAUUACUCAUUUAUGUUUACUAUUGAUUCAUUGUGAUGUACUUAUAAUCUUUAUGAUUGUAGAGUGCAUGUGGAGUAUCUGCGUUACCAUUAUUAUCUCUUGGAUUAUGUUAUUCCUUUUAUUCAGCUAUUCUAAUUCCCUCUAUUCCUCUAGUAGUAAAACCACAAAUGAUUGGUAAUUAUUUAAUUAGAUAUCUUAGGAACUGCCUUUGGUCUUUUAGGUGUUAUGUAAAAUACUGCCUUGGCUCUCUUUCCACUUAUUACAGGGAGUAUUUAUAAUGGACAUGUAAUUAAUGAAUAUGGACAAUUAGAUCCAUUUGAAGGGUAUAAUUAACUCUCUCAUAUAUUUAGUUAUGUUUACUAAUCUUACUUCUUUGUUGGGGUCAGUUUUUUCAACUGCAUUAUUGCUAUCAGUUUAUACAUCUUUGAUAAGAAUGGUAGCUAGAAAUUAAGUAGAUUAAGAACUAAGAAAAUGUGA